GUCAAAUACCUGUUCGCCAUAUUGAAAGUUCUAAAGUGGGAAGUCGGUCAAACGCUGACCCUAUUAGUUAUUUCUAUUUAUUGUGUGGUGGUAUUUAUUAAAAAAGUUAUCCUAAAAUUUUCUUACACAUUUAGUGAUCUAUUUGUUGUGAUUUCGAUAUAUGCAAGUGUGUAUAAACAAUUUUGCAAUUCGCCUAAUGAAUACGUCACAGCGCCAUGUUGUAUUCCUGCGCUGAUUGCAGGCACGAGAAAUCUGCCAACCCGUUUAUUUUCCGGGAUUAGUUCCCGAGAAUAAAUCGAACUGCGAUUUUGUACUCAAAUAUAUUUUAAUUUAUAUUUGUUGGCAAAUGUCAAACAACUUUAGUGGAAUAGAUGCAUCCCUGUCGUCGCAUUUUGAGUGCUAAUUCCUAAUAUCUACUGCAUUUUUGUGCAUCCGCGAAAGUUGAAAGGACUGUGUUGUAAAAGAAAGAAGUGAUAAUUAGCCAAAAUUCCGGUCCCUACGCGCAGACGAGAAGGUGCCUACCCGCCGGGGCAGUCGGGCGAAGGAGACAUGAAUAAUAAGCGUAAAAACCGCCAAGGGCCGCCGAGAUCACCACGCGGGCGAGUGGUGCCGGAAGGCGUGUACAAUAACGCGCACUUCAUGCACGCAGCGACGUCGCACGUCGGCGACAUCGUGCAGGUGCUCACGCAGUCAGGCAGCCUCUGGGAAGGCGUCUUCAAGACUUUCAGCGCUCAAUUUGAGGUUGUGUUAGAAGUGGCUCACCGCGUGGACCAAGAGGGCGUCGUGGCGGUGGACUCGGUGGUUGAGAAGCUGAUCUUCAAGCCGCAGGAUGUGGUCUCCAUCAGGGCCAAGGACUCAGACCUCGAGUACGCCACACACGAUGUGUUCCAGACUGAUAGUGCUAUAUCUAGCAAAUUUAAUGGUGUCGCCGCAGGCAACGGUAGGACUGGCGAGGAACGCUACCUGGAGCCUUGGGACGGCUGCGACGCGGAAGUAGGCGAGGCUCCCCAAGUGAACGGAGACGCCUUGCUCGAGGAGCUGGAGCUGGACCACCGCGCCAACGGCUGGGACGCCAACGAUAUGUUCCGCAAGAACGAAGAGGUGUACGGCGUGCAUAGCACCUACGACCACUCGUUAGCUGGUUAUACCCUGCCGCUGCAGAGGAAGGAUACUCAGGAUUAUAGGGACGCGGAAGCGAAAGCCGAGGAGAUAGCGGCGGAGAUCGAGAACGCGGCGUCGUCGAAGGCGCGCAUCGAGCUGGAGAACGGCGACGAGGAGGAACGCUUCGCAGCCGUCGUGCGGCCGCAGGACGCCGCCGCCGCCGGCAAGUACGUCAUACCCAACAAGAGGAAGAAUAUGCAGACGGGCAAGCUAGUGAAGCCAGGGCCGGCCAACAACGGCGGGUCCCCGCCCGUGGGGCGCGCGGGCCCCGCGCCGCCCAAGGAUAAGGAGCAUCGCGCCGCCCGCCCGCACCUCACGCCGCCCGCUGACCGACGCCAGGACGAUACUUUCCCGGUGGCGGCGCUGGGCGCGGGCGCGGGCGGCAAGAGCUACGCGGCGCAGGCGGCGCAGGGCGGCUACCACGUGCCGCCCUUCCCGCCGCACCAGCAGCACCAGCCUCCGAGCAGUGCGAACAAAGUUAACGGAGAGCCGCGAGCUCCGCCACACCCGCGGCAAGGUUUCCCACCACAUCAUCAUCACAACCCACCGCCUCCAGGCGACGUGCACAGCCGGCCGCCUCGACAUCACGCUCCACCUCCGGAACCAAGGAGGCAGGACGAUGUACAGGAGCUGCGCAAGUUCAGCCAGGACUUCAAGCUGGUGGCGGGCGCCCCGCCCGCGCCGCCGCCCGCGCUGCCGCCGCAGCCGCAGCCGCAGCCGCCGCCGCCGCUCAACCCGCAGCCCACGAUGUCAGUGGGCGGCAGCCAGCCGCCGCCGGCGCCGAGCCCGCCGGAGGUGUCGGCCAACGUGUGUGCCGCCGACCACGCCAAGCCCGCCCGCCCAACCAAGCACGACACGCCCAAUGCGCAUAAGCAGCCAACUCCAGCUCCAAAAGGCGAGUCCCCCAGCACAGAGGACCGGUCAGCACCCUCCGCAUCGCCGCCGUCGUCGGCGUCGCCCAGCAUGGAGCGCGUGGCGGCCAUCAAGAAGUCCACGCUCAACCCCAACGCCAAGGAGUUCAACCCCGCCGCCAAGCCCUUCACGCCGCGCAGCCCCAGCACACCCAACCCCAGCCGACCACACACGCCAGGCACGCCAUCAGGCGUGGGCGUGGGUGUGGGAGUGGGCGUGGGCGGCGUUGGCGUGAACCUGGGCGGCGUCAGCGUCAUGGGCCCCGGCGUCAGCUACGUGCCCGCGCCGCACCCGCCGCCGCCCAUGCAAUGUUACCCACAGGUGGCGGCCGUGCCGUACGCGAUGAUGGCCGCCGCAGCCGCCGCCGCUCAGCAGCCGCCAGCGUAUCUGCCGCACCCACAUCCUGCUAUGGAGAUGGGCUGCGACUGCCGGCAGUACGCGCCGCCUAUAUUCAUGCUGCCCGACAAGCGAGACCGCCCCGACGCGCUUGCAUAUGGAGCCAUGGGCGGCGGCGGAGGCGUGGCCGGCGUCACAGGGGGAGGCGGACAGCCCCCCAUGCAGUCACAGCAGCAGAGAAACUUUAGGAAAGUGGGCGUAGGUUCGGGCAUGCAGGUGGCCGCCGCCACGGGACAGCCGCUCCUGGCGCCGGCGCCCAUGCAGCAGUUCAUGCCGUACCCGCAUCCACAUCCAGCGCCUCAUCCCGCGCAGCCGGCGUUGCAGUAUCAGCAUAUGGUACGCAUGUACCACGGCGGCGUCGGCGGCUCAGUGGGCGCAGUAUCAGGCGUGGGCGGCGGCGGGGGCGAAGUCCCGGUGCAGACGCAGGUGGGGUACGCGCCGCCGCCCGCGCCGUCGCCCGCGGCCGCGUCGCCCGCGCUCUACCCGCCGCCCUCGCCGGCGCACACGCCGCAUCCCCACCCGCAUCAGCAUCCACACCCUCAUCAUCACUUCCAGCAGCCGCCGUUCCAGGCGUACCACCAGGUGCUGUGUCCGCUGAUGGGCCCGGGCGGGUCGGGCGCCCACCACCACCAUCACCACCACCUCGCCUACCUCAACCACGCGCCACCCACCGCGUCGCCGCCGCAGCCACAUCCCCACUCGCUACAGUGAUAUCCCCGCGCAGGGCGUGCUGGUGCCGGGCGGCGGCGCGGCCACGCCGGGCGCUGGGCACCCGUAACGCGGCGGCGGGGCGGCGCUGCUGCGCUGCAGCCUGCGCCUGUACGCGCGCCGAGCCCGCGCCGCGCUGCCCGUCUUCAAGUGUCACUACUCCGCACACUACUCCUUCUCCAACUGAUGUGUCUGUCUACCAAAUAAGUUAUUCUCCUCUAGUGUAAUAAGGAUGAAGUGUCGCGGCACGACGUCUCCGAAAGUGUUUUAUUGAUGGACGGUACUUCACUACUGCUGCUGGCAGCGUCACAUAUGUUUUGCGGUCUCAUACGAUAACGUUUCGCUAGCACGAAACGUAUAUUUCUAAUUAUUUAUAUAUGUAUAUCCACGAAAUUUUUAUCAUCAAAGUUCUGACCUAAAUUAUCUCUAAAACAAUUCGGUGAAACAAAAUUUGUAUAAGAAGUGCACUUGCAAAGCUUUUUUAUGUAAUAUUUGUAACGUAUGUCCGUAGAGACUUUGUGGAGGUAGUAAGACGCGGGAAAUCUACGAAGGUUUAAUUAAAAAUGCGCUUCUAUCCCCACUGUAUGUUGUUACAUUAGGAAGCGGUGAUUUUGGAACUAUAAUUUUUUUAUCAAAAUUAGCACGUAGACUAGGAGGCCUUCAUUUUGUAAUAAAAACAAGCGUCGUCAACUGUCACGUAAGAUAUCGGUACUUUUAGCGCCAUCCAAAUAUUUGGCGAUAUUCAAGUAUUUAUGUGAGCUCUCACGGCCAGCAGUGACACCGGUCACAUAGGUUUUCUAACUUUAAAUACAACGUAAAGUAAUAACUUGUAUGCCUUCUUCGUAUCGAUACGUUCAUUGCAAUAAUUGAUGUUUUAUAAUGUUUUUCGAAAAUUUUACUCGAUACUUUCACGUGGCAAAUUAUUUUCGACUUUUAAUUGUUAUUGUUUGCUUAUAACUGUAGUGGAUAUCAUCAGACCUAGAACAGUUAAUGUAAAUGAGAUGAAAUUAUACUUCUUGGAUAUUUUAUGUACCGCUUUCCCCACUCAUCGUAAUUUAAAUGAAGCUGAAUAUUGUGAUAUAUACCAAAGAUAUGAAAAUCAUCUUUAACAAAACAUUGUUGCCAAUUAACAAAUGGGAUACCAUCAAUUAUUGAACAAUUUAAGAAAUGAGUUCAAUUUUGUAAAAAUUUAAGUUGUCACGUGAAUAUUGGGGAAUGUAUUUACUUCGAAAUAAUAUGAAUAUCUGACAACAUUUUCAAAUGCUUUGAAAGUGUUGUCAGUGCUGCCAUUCACAUGAAACACUGUAAAAUACUUUAGUUUAGAGGCGGGGAGUAUAAAACUUGUUUAAGUAUGUAUGAUUGUUUGUUUGUAUGUUUGUAAGUAUACAAGUCUUGUACGGACGGAGUGCGGUCCGCCCUCGCACAGGCCCGGGGGCGGACAUAUGUAUUAUAAUUAGAUAAUUCACUCUCUAUGCUUAUCGAUGAACAACUGCGGGGAAUUUGAUAAAUGAACUCUUCUGUUUGUUAUAUCUAUUCGAAGGUUGACAACACCUCGCUAAGUAAGGUGCUCGUCACAUUUAUAUAAAAAUAUUACGAAAUAAAUCGAACUAAAUAUCAUAAUAAAGUUUGAUACAAAAUACUCUACUAUUAUUCAUAGAAUUUUAUAUUAAAAAUGCAUGAUAUUUAACAGCAAAAAAAAAACUUUUGUACUAAAUGUAUGUGUUUAUCAAAUUCCCGCGGUGAGCGGUCGGUAAUGUUUGUUUCCUCGUUUGUAACGACGGUCGCCAUUCUGAGACAGCGGCCAGUUCGUUAGCGUAUUUAUUUAGGUUUAGGGUUUAUUAUUGUGAAGGUACCCUCCGCGAUUAUUCCAAGUGCUACGAUAGCACUUAAAAAAAUGUUAAUUUAUAAAUUGGCAAAUAGUUACUUUGUAAAUUCUUAACUAUAAAAUAAUGGGCUAUGUUUUGGAUGUCAGUUCGAUUAGAAAGAUGAAUUGUUUUUCAUCGGACACUUCAAAUAAGUAUCGGGACCAUCCUAGAUGCUCAAUGUUAACUAAGAUAUGACGUCACUGUCUCACGAGUCAUUAGUUCUAUUUUAUUUUAUACAUUUGCAGCUUUUGAAUAGGCAACGACUUUCAUACGGAAUGAUACAACACUCCAAAAAUAAGUAUCACUUUCGUAGGUUAUAUCUUAUUGAAAAUGCUAUUAAUUUGCUAUUUUGCUGCAAAUAUUGGUGGCCAAGCGCUGUUAAUUCUUCUUAAAAGAAAAUAACAAUUAGCUAAACAAUUUAUAAACGUUCCUUCGAUGUGGAAAUGUAAGUGCGCCUCUCCAGGCAAGCGUCAGUAAACUCAGCCCUUAAUUGUAGAAUAUCGUAAAGAACUGCAUAAUAUAAUACGUUUCACGAGUCGCCGAGACUCCUAUCGUCCUUGUAGAGGUCACGGGGUGGAUAGAUCACAAAUAAAGUUCGCUAAUUAUUUCCCGUAGAUUUGUUUUUGCGUCGCAGAACACAAAAGCCUCAUAUUAUUUAACUUGCCACAUGAAAACGAGGCCAGUCUUCUGAAAUUCACCACCAAUUAUAAUUUAAGUUAUGAAACUUUAUUAUAUUAUUUUGUGUUCCCUUUAUUCAAGCGUAACGAAUAUAUUGUGCGAGUCGAAGGUUCUUAUUUUCGUAGUCGAUUUCAAAGUAAAAUUGGUUUAAAUGCGAGGUCAUACAAUAGUGUUAUUUAAGCACGUAACAUAAUGUAAACUGUUUAGUUUUACUGCCAGUACCUUAUAGAUAUGUGUGAAACUUGAACAUAUGGAGAUAUAUUAUUUUAUUUUAUAAAACGGCAUCUACAUAUUUCUCUAUGUAAAAAUUGUAUAUUUAUUAUAUGACAAGUUAGUUACAAGUAUGAGUUUGAAAUGAUCAUGUGAUUCCUCGUGUUUAUGAUAUUUUUGGAAGCCCUCUUACAUACUAGCUAAAACCGAGAUAAAGUGAAUGUCAUAUACUAUUUCUAGAGCAGUUUAAAUGAGUGCGGCUUUCUAAAACAUUGUAGACUCGUUCGUGUUUCAAGGAAUUGCAACAGGAUGCGUUUCAGACGCAAGUAGGUUUGACAAUAAAAAUAUAAACUUUGAUAGGUGUAAGGAAGAUAAGAUGCUAAAUAUUUACGACGAAACUGACACUGUUCACAUAAAUUAACGUCAGAAUUGUCACAAAUGCGUCAUCGGAUAUAUUUCGUUAAAUAACAGUAAGGCUCAGAAGAUUUGCACAAUUGAAAACGUCCCCCCAAUAGUGUCGGUAGUGAUGUGUAAGUUGAGCUUGAAUGGAGGGUCGUAUAUUGGUCAGUAUACAAGUGUGGCAUCAAGGGGAGCUAAGUCCAUGACCUCCGCGCGGUGCUCCCUGGGUAGCGCCAAAUGUGGACGAUGACAUUCACAUUCUUUUGUAACUCAUUCGCUAAAUUGUGUAUCCGUGGAGUGCAUCCGACCUCUUCCCAUUUGUGUAUAAGCGCAUUCCUUCCUUCUCUAAGUAUGUAUCAUCCGCAUGAACCGAUGAUAUCAAAUGUAAAAGAUUUACACCGCAGAAAAGGUAUAAUUUUUGUAGAUUUAAAGUAAUUAAAAUAGACAUAUUUAUAUAAAUAACUCUGCAGAUUACGAUAUAAAAAUGUGUAUAUAUGUAAAUAUACUAUGAUGUAAAAGGGAAUAACUAGUGACCUUUCCCACAAAUGGCUUAUAUUCGUAUUUAAUUUGUGAUGUAUAAAGUUUUUUCGACCAUGUUAACAUAAUAAAAAUAUCACGAAAAAAAGUUUGCGGAAAGGGCCUACUGGACCCAUACCACGUUCAUGACUCUAGUAUGGUUAAAUGUAGUUAUUUCUCUCGAGAACAUGGUAUGGAGUCUCGUCUACUGUUUUAUUUUAUUCUUUUUUUUUUCACUUUUUUUUUCUUUGUUUUAAUUUAAAUUUUUAUCGCGUGAGUGGAUCCACCGCGUAAGUUUGUUGCUAAAUGAGAGUAUGAUAAAUAAUAAAAAAGUAUGUGCGUGUGUUGAUUGUUGUGCGCCAUAUAAAUAUUAUCGAUAUAUUUUUUGUGUGAAGCGUCACGACUGGUGGCGCCGAUAUGUUUAUGUUUUAGCUAGGGAUAUUACUUCAUUUCUCGUAAAUUUCUACGUGCUUACGAAAGACGUUCGAGUUCCUUUGGCCACAUUAUAUUGUAAUGGUUGUGGUAUAAAUUUUUAUAAGAUUCCCAUAGUAUUGGAAUAAUGGAGAAAAUGCAACGAUAUUUCAACAGCCGUAAUGUACUUUGUCGUAUAUUAUACAUCCCUAACGCACAUGAUGUAGCAUUUAGAUUUCAAAGGAAUGGACGAAUCUGAGAUCUGAUUGUAAUUCGCCUUCCAAGAUUAAAAACGAUCAACUUGAUACAAGACGGGCGUGAGCUCGUCGCUGACUAGGAUAAAGGAAAUAACUCCAUUGUGCCUUCAGCAAUGGUGACAGGACUAUCCGAUCACGACUUGACUACACUACUGUGACGUAUCGUAAUCAAUGACACCGGUUAUACUUGCAGUGAACAGCAGUUGUGCAGACAAUACUCUAGCUCACAUUCCUUAUUGUUAUUGAACCUAAAAGUCAAUUUUGUCUACUUUAGAUAAUGUGGAAGAUUAAAAUUACAAUUCUUCUAGAUCACAAUCCGGUUUUGUUAAGGAAAAUAAGUAUUUUUAUGGAAUAAUGUAUUUAUAUGGCAUUGACAUUGUACUUCGAAAAAAAUAGACUGUCAGUGUUCUAAUGAUAAUAAUAUAGUUUAGUCUAUUAUUAAGGAUCAGAACAAUAUACCUAGAUCCAGUUUUAGUGUAAGAAAUGUCUGAACAACUACUGUUUGCUGAUGCCGCUUUAUUUGCAAGUGGCAAUUGUGUUCAAUGUACUGAUUUAAUUUGUUAGUUUACUUUGCAUAUUUCAUGCUCAGAACAUGUCUGCAGCUAACCGGGUUUGAUGACUCAACUUCCAACAUUGUCACUUGCCGUAAAGCGUUGUUGAACCUUCAAUUUUAUCAGUUUUACGAUGAACUCACUAAAAAUGAUAGUUGAAGUUUCAGUCCAAUAUGAGCAGCUCAUACAAUUUUUACCUCGUAUAAGGCACUUUCCUAUUAUGUAAAUAUUUGUUACCGACUCGUGUCGGCGCGGACGAUUCGUAAACCCAUUGUAUGUAUAGAUAAAUACUAUGAAAUUGCCUUAUAGAUGUGCGUGUCGCCCUGCGGGGAUUAUGUAAGAAUGUUACCAACGUGCGAACCUAGUACUUGACAUGUUAACAAAAUGCUGAAUUAAUCACAUGGAAAUGAUAAUUCACACCACAGCAAUCUAUCGACAAUUAAAGUAGCAUUUUGGUAAUAUUUCAAUAAAGGUGUAAAUUUUGUAAAGACUGAAGGGAAAUAAUGAUUGUGGAAGUAAGCAGAGAUAAUUGUGAACUGAAAUUGGUUUUUAUAGGGGUGAACUAUGGAGCCUAAAACUCUAUUGUAUAUUGCAAUUUGUUGGACGCGAAUCGGUAGAAUCUAGAAUGUUCAACAACAUUACUUGUAGUAAGUAUUUACGUAUGUAACUUGAUGAGCUAGCAUUCUACUGAUCCGUGUUCAACAUGAUAUUGUAUGAUAAUUGCUGCUUAAUUCCGCUUGUUGAUGAACGAUUUGAUUUGUGAAAAAUGUGCUUUUUUUGUGAGCCCCACGGAGGGCGUGUAAACAGGAUUGUGCCAAAAGUGGUAUGGCAUCGUUUAUCGUUUGUUGGACACACAACACCUGUGUCGACGAAUAUUUUUCAAUAAAAAAGUAAAAAAAUGUGUUUUGAACACAACA